GUAGUUCAGAAACCGUUCAUGUCGCGGCGCUCGAGCAAACGCUCUCGGAGGCUUCUCCUGAUAUCACGGAGCAGAAUCAAACCAAUCGGUGAGGUUAACAUUUUGUAUUACCGAAAUUCAAUCAUAUGAAGAGGAAAGAACAUGGACAUCACAGCGCUCGUGGAUGUAAACACGUGAAAUGUGUUUAUGGCUUUUCUGUCGGAUAAAAGAAAAUUAUCAAGUUUAAUUUGAGUCGUUAUAAAUUUAUAUUUGUGACAACAUAAUGUUAUUUCAAGAUAGUCAGUACGAUAAUUGGACGGAUGAUUUACCAGUUUGCAAACAAUCCGGCGUAGGUUUUUCCACCAAUCAGAUCUAUCGUGAGGAUGGGUACCGACAGGAAGAACAUCCUUUCGAGGACCGCAGUUUUCACUGCAGAUACGAUGAUUCCACAUUUCUCUACGCGGUGUUCGACGGUCACGAGGGAACAAAAGGAGCAAACUUCGCGAUGCAAAGAAUGGCUGCGGAGAUUUUGCUCGGGCAGUUAAGUGGCAAAUCGACCGAUGAGGAAGUAAAAGAGGUUCUCCGUCAAGCGUUUAUAGCGGUCGAAAAAGGAUACUUGGAAUCGAUCGGUGACCUCUUGGCUGAACGUGCUAGUUUACAAUUUGACAUACCUGAUGGGUUGACUUCUUAUGAAACCUAUCAGAAGUUCCCAGACUUGGUUGACAAGCUCAAUGCUUUGAAUUGCGAAUUAUCAGCUGGGACCAGUGCGGUGGUCGCUUUGGUUUACAGAGGGAAGUUGUACGUUGCGAAUAUAGGCGACAGCAGAGCGUUGUUGUGCAAAACAGACAGCAACCAAGUUUUGCGAGUUGUGCAAUUAAGCGUGGAUCAUGAUUUAAGGAACGAGGACGAGCUUUUGCGAUUGUCUCAACUCGGUUUGGACGUUGAAUCGAUCAGGCAAGGUUCUCAUCUCGGAAAUCAGGAGAACACACGCUGUCUCGGCAAUUAUCUUGUCAAAGGAGGUUACAGAGAGUUCGAAGAGCUGGCGCCUUCCAUUGCGGAACCGAUUAUCGCCGAGCCAGAAAUCAGCAGUAGUGUAGAGCUUGACGAAUCGUGCAGAUUCUUGUUGCUCAUGUCGCGCGGUUUGUACAAAUCAUUAGAAGAAGCUACUGGUACCGAUCAAGUCAAUAAAGAACUGGCCCUGAUAACAGUCGAGCAGUUUCGUGUACAAUCGACCUUGACCGGCGUCGCACAGGCAGUGGUCGACAAAGUCGUGAGGAUCCAUCACGACGUGAACAUGAGCAACACGCAGAACAUGAUGACCACCGGCAAACGCGACGACAUAACCCUACUGGUGCGGAAUUUCAAUUUCCCAUUGCCUAACGCCUUGAAGAGUCCGACUGGUCAGUCCGUUAGAUUUAAUCCCGUGGUGCAGACCGCGCCGAUCAGCAUGCUGGACAACGAUGAUUUUUCGAGCACCGACACCGGCAUGACCGAGGAAAAGUUCGACACCUCAACGACGGAGACAUCGACAACGUCGGACCUGUAUCCGCCCGGCAGAAUGGCGGAACGUAACACCAGGAUCAAGCCUUAUGUAGAUUUUUCCGAAUACUACGAGAAUCUCGAGAAAAGAAAACAAGAAGAAACCUUGCCGGAAGCAUUUAACCGCAACAUCUGUGAUGAGCGUUUUUUUCUUCUUUUCCGCCGAUUUGCAAACGGAAAACACACCGUGGAGAAACGAUAGCCGAACGAUGUUUGAAGAAUCUCUCGUCUGUGAAUUUGAAAACAAAAAUAGACAAAGAAAACAAGAGAAAGUGGCGUUGAAAUUCUUUCGAUGCUCAAAGGUAUCAGGAAGUAAUCGAUUCUGUAACCGACCUCUCAUCGAUUGUCAAUUUGCAUAUCAGGCGAACGAAUUAUUUAAUCGAUUUUUAUUAAAUAAAUUGUACAAAGCUCGUGCUUCAACUAGUAGAGUCAAAAAAGAACCAAUGAGAGCCAAUCGCUCCAAUAUGCGAGCGCGAGGUAUAUUGUUUUUUAAACGUGUAAAUUAACACGCGUGGUAAUUCGAAUUAAAUACAAUUGUUAAUUAAUGUGCACUUUUCGUGUAAAAUAAAUUUUUAUCUUCGUGUUACAACUUAAAGCCACACGGGGAAAAGCGCAAUAAAGAUUUGCAAAAAAUUAAUUACCACAUGGCCAGCAAAAACAAUUUGCUAAGUUUGUUGAGAUUUCCGUUUCGCCAACAAAAAAACGUUUUGAUAAAACAAAAGACUCAAUAAUUUUUCUUGCUGACCGUGCAAUAAAAAAACUUGUUUUCCCGUGCGUACGGUGAUUUUUAAACUGAUUGCGUAACCGGUUUGGAAUAACGUUGAAUUCAUAAAGCAUAGGAAAUGCGCGUAUUCAUUGCAACAUUCAUGAGACACGCUUACAUUAAUAAAUAGGACGUUCGCAAUUUUCCUGAGAAUUUUAUGAAAUACUCAAAAAACAAAAAAAAGAACAAUUGAACGAGACAAAUCAUGCGAAUUGAAAUGAUGACGCGCUCGACGUUGCUUAUCUGCAAACAAAUUUUCGAACGCGAAGGUCGUACAAAAAUAAUGCCGUAAAAUUCAAGGCAAACGACGCACUAAGUAUAUAUUCUGUGUCGGCCUGGCAAUCGAUUAUCUCGCAAGUGGCGACUUGACACGGCGCGAAAUUCGGCCCGAAAACAAAUAGAAUCAAGCGAGCCAGAAGGUCUCGGCAAAUCUGCGUGGAUGCGCAACGAGUGCAUCAAAUACACCAGAGCACGAAUGUCGCAGCCUGCGAUUAAGCGUUUAUCUCAUCUUCUUUUUCAUGAUGAAAAUCAUUAGUUUUCUUUCCUGCGUAACAGCCAGUAAAUAUAUAUUAGUAAUAGAUUAUAUAUAUAUUAGUAAUAGAUUAUUGUUAAUUAAAUGUAUAUUAUUAUUAUGUUAGUAAAAUACACAUUAUUAUAUUAUUUGGCAUAAACAAUGUAGAAUUUUGUUAGAACAAUACAGAAUAUCGUUCUAUAUUGUUUACGCCAAAUUAUACGAGAUUUAUAACGCUUGUUUGUCGAUAAGCAAACGGUGUAAACAAAUGCUCGCGAGGAAAACGUUACAUUACAAAGUCCAAAAUACACAGAAUGGUUUGUCAAUCAAUCGCAGAAUGUUGUAACUUCGCAUAUAAAAUUCUUAUCGACGCGCGACAGCUGUUAUUGAAUUGAAGAGUCUCGCUUGUAAUUUUUGUUGUUGUUAACUUCGCUGGAUAUCUCAUCCGGCACACACACACACCGUCCUUGUUUAAUUCAGUAAGCGAGCAAUAUAGUAACCGCCGGGAGGAAGUGCCGCAGUCCAGAGCUUAAUGAAUCGGUCUUGCAAAUUGCGUUUGAUCAACCGCGCGUUAUCCUCGCGCGCGCAUUCCGUUUAAUUGAUCCUGGAUUAGCUACGAAUGAAAGUAUAUUUGUUGAUAACAGGAUAUUCUGCGUAGUAUCUUAUUACUCGAAGAGCAAAACGUUGUCGGAUUGGACGACGGAACGAUCAAAUGUGAUAUGAUACAACGUAAUCAGAGAUACUUGUGAUCCCCAACAUGUUUCUAUAUCUGUCUCUCUGCAUUACACGGUGCAAGGAGGAUGAUCUAACGCACGCACACGCGCGCACACACACACAAAGAAUUCCAAUUCGCUUUGGUCACAAACAUCAAGUCACACGCAUACGUCAUCAGAGUUUCAAGAUUUGCGUUUGGUUUGCUGUUGUGGCUAACGGACCCCUAGCCAACGGCUAGUGGGUCAUCAAAUGUAUUUACAAACAUACACACACAUACGUAGCUUCUAAUAGCAAUUCGCCGUCUCUAUUUGAGUCAGGACGCGUAACGCACGUCUAAAAGCGGCGGUCAAUCAUUUUUCGCUGCUGUUCCUCAGAAGCGAAAUGUUGACUUUCUGUUCUCUUCUUUGCGUAACGCGUUCCGUCAGCAACCGGAUUGACUUUUGCGGGAAGAGGAGAGCAGAGAGUCCGGAAGAGUUCUCGGUCCUCGCGGCACGAGGAUAGAUUCAAGAGGAUCCGUUCGCUGAAUGUCCUCUGGAUAUUGCGAUAUUCGAUGGACAUCGGUGUUCUCUCGGGACAUCGCGUGUAAUCGAUCGAACGAGAAAAUCUCGCUUCGGAAGGCGAAGAAAAAGCACCGCUCGA